GCUGGCGCCCCUCCUGGUCCCCGAGAGGGUCCCGCACGUGCCGCUCAUCGCCGUGGCCCGGAACCCCGUCUUCCCCCGAUUCAUCAAGAUCAUCGAGGUGAAAAACAAGAAGCUGGUUGAGUUGCUGCGGAGGAAAGUCAGCCUUGCCCAACCGUACGCUGGCGUCUUCCUCAAAAAGGACGACAGCAAUGAGUCGGACGUGGUGGAGAACCUGGACGAGAUCUACCAGAUGGGAACCUUUGUGCAGAUUCACGAGAUGCAGGACCUGGGGGACCGGCUGAGGAUGAUCGUCAUGGGGCACCGCAGGAUCCGGAUCAACAAGCAGCUGGAGGUGGACCCCGAAGAGGCGGCCGAGGAGAGCAAGCCGAAGACCCGCCGGAAGCAGAAGCGGUCGAAGAGGGAGGCAGGCGAGGUGGUGGGGGACGUGGUGCUGGAGCCCCUGGAAGCCUCCCCAGGGGAGGUGCUGAUGGUGGAAGUGGACAACGUGGCCCACGAGGAAUUCCAGGUCACGGAAGAGGUCAAGGCCCUGACGGCCGAAAUCGUCAAGACCAUCCGGGACAUCAUUGCGCUGAACCCGCUCUACAGGGAGUCCGUGCUUCAGAUGAUGCAGGCGGGGCAGAGGGUGGUCGACAACCCCAUCUACCUGAGCGACAUGGGGGCCGCUCUGACGGGGGCCGAGUCCCACGAGCUGCAGGACAUCCUGGAAGAGACAAACAUUCCUAAGCGCCUCUACAAAGCCCUCUCUCUGCUGAAGAAAGAGUAUGAACUCAGCAAACUCCAGCAACGUCUUGGGCGGGAGGUGGAGGAGAAGAUAAAGCAGACGCACCGCAAGUACCUCUUGCACGAGCAGCUGAAGAUCAUCAAGAAGGAGCUGGGCCUGGAGAAGGAGGACAAGGACGCCAUCGAGGAGAAGUUCCGGGAGCGGCUGAAGGACCUGGUGGUCCCCCAGCACGUCAUGGAGGUCAUCGACGAGGAGCUGAACAAGCUGGGGCUGCUGGACAACCACUCGUCCGAGUUCAACGUCACACGGAACUACCUGGACUGGCUGACCUCCAUCCCCUGGGGCAAGUGCAGCGAGGAGAACCUGGAGCUGGCCAGAGCCCAGGCCGUCCUGGAAGAGGACCAUUACGGCAUGGAGGACGUCAAGAAGAGGGUUCUGGAAUUCAUUGCGGUCAGCCAGCUGCGAGGCUCCACUCAGGGCAAGAUCCUCUGCUUCUUUGGCCCCCCCGGCGUGGGCAAGACCAGCAUCGCCCGCUCCAUCGCCCGGGCCUUGAACCGCGAGUAUUUCCGCUUCAGCGUCGGAGGGAUGACGGACGUGGCCGAGAUCAAGGGGCACAGGCGGACAUACGUGGGGGCCAUGCCAGGAAAGAUCAUCCAGUGCCUGAAGAAGACCAAGACGGAGAACCCCCUCAUCCUGAUCGACGAGGUGGACAAGAUUGGCAGGGGCUACCAAGGGGACCCUUCCUCCGCCCUCCUUGAGCUGCUGGACCCAGAGCAGAAUGCCAACUUCCUGGACCACUACCUGGACGUCCCGGUUGACCUCUCCAAGGUGCUCUUCAUUUGCACGGCCAACGUGACGGAGACGAUCCCAGAGCCCCUGCGGGACAGGAUGGAGAUGAUCAACAUCUCAGGCUACGUGGCGCAGGAGAAGCUGGCCAUCGCAGAGAGGUACCUGGUCCCCCAGGCCCGGGUCCUGUGCGGUCUGGAUGAGGCCAAGACCAGCAUCACGCCGGACGUCUUGACCGUCCUCAUUAAGCAAUACUGCCGGGAGAGCGGGGUGAGGAACCUGCAGAAACAAGUGGAGAAGGUGCUGCGGAAAUCGGCGUACAAGAUUGUCAGUGGGGAGGCGGAGAAGGUGGAGGUGACGCCAGAAAAUCUCCAGGAUUUUGUCGGGAAGCCCAUCUUCACGGUGGACCGGAUGUAUGACGUGACCCCCCCUGGGGUGGUGAUGGGGCUGGCCUGGACCGCCAUGGGCGGCUCCACCUUGUUUGUCGAGACCUCCCUCCGCCGCCCCAAGGACCGAGAGAGCAAGGAGGGCUCCCUGGAGGUGACCGGGCAGCUGGGCGACGUCAUGAAGGAGAGCGCCAAGAUCGCCUACACCUUCGCCCGGGCCUUCCUGAUGGAGAGGGAUCCUGGCAACGACUUCCUGGUGACGUCUCACCUCCACCUGCACGUCCCGGAGGGAGCCACCCCGAAGGACGGGCCCAGCGCCGGCUGCACGAUCGUGACGGCCUUGCUGUCCCUGGCGAUGGGGCAGCCCGCGAGGCAGAACGUGGCCAUGACCGGGGAGGUGUCUCUGACGGGCAAGAUCCUUCCCGUCGGAGGAAUCAAGGAGAAGACCAUUGCGGCCAAGCGAGCCGGGGUCUCCUGCAUGAUCCUCCCUCUGGAGAACAAGAAGGACUUCUGCGACCUUGCCGACUUCAUCACGGAAGGACUGGAAGUGCAUUUCGUCGAGCACUACAAGGAGAUCUUUGACAUUGUUUUCCCAAAGCGCGAUGCCCAGGGAGGAGACUGAGCGCCUGGGCUCUCGCUGCCUUUGUUCCUCCUGACGCCGCCGUGUCUGAGCUCCGGCCCUGGGUCCAGGGGAAAGAGAUGGACAGAGUGGGCCACCCUCCAAUUAUGCCUCCGUUGCCACGAGAUGUGCUGCACACCAAAGGAUGUGAAUUAUGAACCAAUUAAAAAGCCUUUGAAAUUUCCAACGCAAAGAA